AUGAAGCCAUCGCAUUUCUUACAAUCGACUGCCAUUUCUCGCAACAGUGUUGAGGCUAUUGCUUCCCGCAGCCAGGGUGUUGAGAAUAUCGACGACAAAGUCAGCGCCAUGUUAGCAGCCGCCCAUGUACUGAGGCCAGCCACGGAAGUAGGCCCCUCGCAAGGAUUCAAAGUGUCUCGCAUCGUCGAAGGGGUAUCGCACGCCAUGAAGGUCGGAGCGAGAUCUACCGAGGCCGGUAGGAAUGUCUCCCUAGAUCAACACCUCGCCGCGUCACUCACGAAGCCGAUCGAAAAAAUGCAUCUUGGUUAUAAGGGAAAUGCCCGCCGCGAAAGGGUUCAGCGUAUCGGAGGGGGUAAAAGCAAUGUGGCGUUCGCGCCGAUACUUAUUGACCCAUUCUCCACAGAGGAGGGAUUUGAGGAUGAUCUUGAUUGCGGUGUUCUUUUCACACCUCCUGAGGGCUGCUCAACACCGCGCCUCUUUGGCCGUGGCAGACCUCCACGCAGGUCGAGACACUCAGAGGACAGCGACGACGUCGAGGGCAACGGAAAGCGUGGGAAGCUGCCUGCAAAUACACGUCAUCCCGCAGGCGACGACACUCCUAAUGAUUUCAAACGAGUGAAGAAACAUCCAUCCCCCGACAAGCUGUUCCUGAAGAGCCUCGAACUAGCGCUCGAGAAAUACAACAAGAUGAAGGUGGAUGGCGCGGCUGAGGACGACCUGGACGAGCUGGCCAGCAACUUCAACUCGCCUACUCGACCACUGGCCGUACGAGACAGCAAUCGCAUUUUGCAUUCGGAGGCUAUACCAAGCAAACAAUCACGCAAUGAAGGCAAGCAAGAUCUUCCUAGGAAGCCACAUCGGAUGCGCCAGCCACACGAACAUGACAAUUUGCAAUAUGAAAAAAGACCAAUCUGCCUAUUCCGACCAAAAGAUGCUCAGGCAGAUGAGAUGGACGAGCUAUUCUGA